GUUGUUUGAAGUUUGAAAGUUGUUGGCGAGGAAUUUUCACUCGAUUACGCUACCGUCAGGAAAAUGAGUGGAAAGCUCUCGAAGAAGGCAGUGGGUGUCAAGAGAAAGUUAAAUGAUGCUUCUCGACCGAAGGUGUCAGUGAAAAAACCCAAGUUAUUACCCUCUGUUAGGUUAUCUGACCAGCCUCCAGUUCGUAAACCUCAGUGGACAAACAGAGAGCGUGUUUUAGUCAUUUCCUCUAGAGGUGUCUCGUAUGUUGGUCGUCACCUGAUGAAAGAUCUGAUGCGCAUGCUGCCGCAUGCCAAAACAGACUCCAAGCUUGAUCACAAGAAGGGGAUAACAACGUUGAACGAGCUAGCAGAGAUGAGUCAUACAAACAAGGUCCUUUAUUUCGAAGCUCGCAAGAAGAAAGACUUGUACCUAUGGCUUAGCUGUGUACCCAAUGGACCAUCAGUUAAAUUUCUUGUUGAAAAUAUUCGUACUACAGCAGAAAUGAAAUUGACUGGAAAUUGUCUAAAAUACAGUCGUCCUGUACUUGCUUUUGAUCCAUCAUUUGAGGAAUCAAACAAACCCCAUAUUCACCUGCUUCGUGAAUUAUUUGUACAAACUAUGGGCACUCCAAAUCAUCAUCCACGUUCACAACCAUUUAUAGAUAAAACGUUUACAUUUGUUCACUUCAAUGAUCGUAUAUGGUUCAGAGUUUAUCAAAUUGCCGAAGAAAGCGGUGCAUUAGUUGAAGUUGGUCCGCGUUUCUCAUUAAAUCCAAUCCGUAUAUUUGCUGGGAGCUUCUCUGGCAUAGUGUUGUACUCUAAUCCGAAAUACAUCUCACCCAAUUUAGUUCGAAGCACGCUGUUGUCUAGUAAGCAAAGCAGAUACAUAGAACGUACACAUGACAAAAUGGAAUCACGUAAACGUAAAAAGGCGAGGAAAGAAAUUUAUCCAGUUGAUGAACUAGAUGAAAUUUUUGAAUAAAUGGUUAUUCUUAUGACGAAGUCGGGAUUUGUGUUACUUUAAUAGUUUUAAUUAUGUCAUAUAACCAUGGUAUCCAAAAAAUAAAUGGUGGGGGUACA